UUCACUUGCUUGUAGAUGGUCCAUGGUGAUUGAUUUUUUUCAUAUCAACUGACAAUUGCAACAGACGAGGAUUAGGAGAUUGGAAUUUUUGGAUUACAGGAAACGUAGCACAAGAAAUAAGCUAAAUCUAACUUGAUUCUAUGGUUGAAUUUAGGCUCUUGGCAAGUCAAAUCAGUUUUUCGGAAAGACCAAAUCAGCUAUCUCAUUCCUCAUGUAUCUCGAGUUAACUCAUCUUAUUUCUUUGAGGUCAAUGACUACCUCAUGAUAACACUAAAGAGGACUUUCACCAAGGCACAAACUUACAUGCAGUUGAACCCAUCUAGCUACUUCGACUCUGAUGGAAACCCUUCUCCGAUUCCUCUUGCCUCUGUUUUCUAGCCUCCUUGUAGUGGUGAUUUCCAUCUGCUUUUAUCGAUUAAAAAUCAAAGCUGCUUCUAAUGCAAAAAGAUGCACUGCUCCUCGAGCAGGUGGGGCUUGGCCUAUCAUCGGUCACCUGCACCUCUUUGGUGCUCAGCAGCUGACCCACAAGACACUGGGAGCCAUGGCCGACAAGUAUGGACCGGUUUUCACUAUAAGGCUUGGAUUGAAUGAGAUUUUAGUUUUGAGCAGUAGUGAAAUGGCGAGAGAGUGUUUCACUACUCAUGACAGAGUCUUCUCCACACGACCAAGCGUCACUGCAUCAAAAAUACUGGGCUAUGACUUCGCUAUGUUUGGCUUUGCUCCUUAUGGAUCUUACUGGCGUGAGAUGCGCAAAAUAGUCACAAUCGAGCUUCUAUCAAAUCACAGACUCGACAUGCUCAAGCACAUACGUGCUUCAGAGGUGGGGACUUCAAUAAGAGAACUCUAUGAGAUGUGGGUCAGUGAGAGAGGCACGGAUGGCAGAGUAUUUGUGGAUAUGAAGCGAUGGUUUGGAGAUUUGACACUAAAUUUGGCGGUGAGAUUGGUGGGAGGGAAGCGCUAUUUCGGCGCUGGUGCUGAUACCAAGGAAGGAGAGGGACGAACCUGUCAAAAAGUGAUCAGGGAUUUUGCGCAUCUGUUUGGGGUAUUUGUGUUGUCAGAUGCAAUUCCAUUUCUCAGUUGGUUGGACUUGAAAGGAUAUAAGAAAGCCAUGAAGAGAACUGCUAAAGAACUGGACAGUCUAUUUGGAGGGUGGCUGCAGGAGCAUAAAGAGAAGAGAUUGUUGGGUGGGGAAGGCAAGGAUGAUCAAGAUUUUAUGGAUGUGAUGCUGACAGUUCUCGAAGAUGUCAACUUUUCUGGUUUUGAUGCAGAUACCGUUAACAAGGCUACUUGCCUGAAUCUCAUCUUAGCAGGAAGUGACACCACGAAGGUCACUCUUACUUGGGCCCUAUCUCUACUACUCAACCACCCCCAUGUGUUGAAAAAAGCUCAGGCCGAGCUGGACAUCCAAGUUGGCAAGGACCGGCAGGUGGAUGAAUCAGAUGUCAAAAACCUUGUAUACCUCCAGGCUAUAAUCAAGGAAACGCUGCGUCUUUAUCCAGCUAGCCCGAUCAUCACUCUUCAUGCAGCAAUGGAAGAUUGCACCCUUGCAGCUGGCUAUAACAUUUCAGCUGGCACACAAAUUAUGGUGAAUGCAUGGAAAAUUCACCGUGAUGAGCGUGUGUGGUGCAACCCAAAAGAGUUUCAGCCAGAGAGGUUUAUGACAAGCCAUAAGGACACAGAUGUGAGAGGUCAGCAUUUUGAACUUAUCCCUUUUGGCUCUGGUAGACGAUCAUGCCCGGGAAUAUCACUUGCUCUACAAGUGGUGCAUUUCGCCCUGGCUAGCUUGCUACAUAGUUAUGAAGUAACAAAGCCAUCAGACGGAGACGUGGACAUGACUGAAAGCUUGGGUUUAACAAAUUUGAAAGCAACCCCACUUGAAGUUCUCCUUAGUCCACGCCUCAAAGCAGAGCUUUACAGACAGUAGAUUGGAGUAAUCGAAUAGCAAAAGUAGCAUGUACAAAGUAAAUAAAUAAGGCUUUAGACCAUCACAUGAGGUGUUCUGUGGGAUGCAAAUUAAGAUUAGUAGUGAUGUAUAUGCAUUUGAUCAGUUGGUUCUUUAUGAUGCAUAUGAAUCAAUCUCUUGUUUUUA